AGAGCAGUUUCUUCAGGGCCGGCACUUCAUAAAGACCUGGAGAACGUGACAUACGUACGUAAUCGCUGUGGGGAUUAUGUCACUGCGAAAUUAAUUCGUUAUUAAAAUCAAUUCUCAUCAAUUGAGGAUAUAUUUUUAUUUCACGUCAAGUGGGGCACCAGACGGUGUUGAAACCACGGUUUUUCCAUUCGGGUUUUGGAUUCACGUUCAGGUAGAAGUGAACGAUCGCUCAACGAUCGACAAUUUCGAGAGAAGAAAUAGAGUUUCAAAGAAUAUAUUGGAUUCAUCAUGAAGUUAUUAAUUUUCUUGGUGCUAUGCAUUGGCUACACGUGGGCUAGACAAACAGAUUAUUGUUACGCUCAUGAUUCCGAUCCUUACUUGAAAUUUGGGUCGGUGACUGCCUUUCAAGCCGAUAGAAAUGAAUACAGACCAAUACCAUAUUGUGAGGCUCGACAAAUUUGGAUGCUGUCGAGACAUGGAAAUCGAUACCCACAUGAUGCUAUCACACAGGAUUUGAAGGGUCUAGGAAAUGUACGUGAUCAAAUUUUCGUCAAUCACAGAUCACAAAGGCUUGGACAGUUCAAUGGACAUUUAUGCGACGAGGAUUUGGAGAAUUUCAGCAAGUGGUCACUAAACGUCAACAUGACGAUGCAAAUGACUAGGGAAUUGACUCCUGAGGCUUCUAGACAGACAAAAUCAAUCGCCAGACAGAUCAGGGCUGGAUUUCCUAAUCUUUUUCCGUUUGAUUUGGGUGAUAAAUUGCAGAAUUAUGUGUUUAGGGCAACGAAGUCACAGUCAACGCAAGCAACUUUACAAGAAUUUAUGGUGGGUCUUGUCAUCAGAUCUACACCAAUUGAACCUGAGAUGAACGAUACUUUACUACAGGCGUAUCAGUGUUGCUCUCAUUGGAAGGAUGGAGAUGAAAAUGAUCCUCAUCACAGCAAAGAGUUGACUGAAUUCUUGAGAGGUCAUGAGUUCUCCGUUCUAAUUCGUAACGUCAGCAGCAGACUUGGAUAUGGGUAUGACUUGUCAGCAGAUACCAUCUUGCAUAUGUAUGACAUGUGUCGUUAUGAUGCUGCAUUGGAUACAGAGAGAGUGUCACCCUGGUGUGCCGCAUUUAGUAAAGAACAACUCAAAGUACUGGAAUAUGCUACAGAUCUUCAGUAUUUCUAUAACGCAGGGCCAGGACGAAAUGCGAAUAAAAUCAUCGGAUGCUUUGCACUCAAAGACAUGAUCAAUCGAUUUCGUCGCAUCGAGGAAAAUGCAACUGGAGAGCCCAAGGGAGUCUUCUACUUCACUCACGCAUUCACAAUAUUGAGUUUUCUUCAAAAUUUGGGGGCCAUCGAUGAAAAUGAGAAGUUGACUGCGGAAAAUUACAGGAGCAUGAUGAAUCGUAAGUGGAGGACAUCGAACCUUGUCCCCUUCAAUGCCAACAUCGUUGCUGUUUUCUACAAAUGCAGUGGUGGUCAAGACCAGGUGAUGUUCUACAUGCAAGGAAAGCAAAUGAGAUUGCCAGGUUGUGAUGUGGGUCUCUGCAGAUGGGAUUACUUGAAGGAAAAACUUGCCGAAGCUCUCUCCCAAUGCACUGAAGAUAAAUGCUAUGGAAGAAGUGGAUCUCUCAUUAGUCAGUCCCUAAUCAGUCUGAUUGCAAUAUUAUCGAUUGGAUCUAUUCUGCUGAAAUAAUCACAUUUCACCAAAAAUUAUGAAUUAGAAAUUGGUGAAGAUCGUACAGUAGAAUAUUGUAUCUCACAUGAAAGACAGACGAAAUUUUCAAUUAAUUCAUCUUUUUUGUAUCGAGGUAUCUGUUUAUUUGAAAUUUUCGCAUACAUUUUUUUUUAAAUAGUUAAUAUUUUCUAAUGAUUUAAGGGAAAUUGUAUGAACACAGGAUGAUUUAAUAUUUAUGUCAUUAAAUAGUGCUAAUCACUCA